CACUCUCUCAUUCACGCGCACACUCUGUCAGUCACUCACGCGCAGGCACGUUUUGGUGGAAGCGAGCGAGCGCGCGCUGCCUGUUCUGAAGAGGGGUUCCUCAUCAAAGCGCAUCAGGGCCGAUCAGUCUCCACUGGAGGGCGAGUGGUACAAGAGCACCGGGACACUCUGGCAGCACAGAGACACAGAGACGGGACACAGACAGAGAAAACCCUGGACCCGGACUCUGCAGAGCAUCAUUUCUUUCCGGAUUAAACCCGUCCCGAGCCGUCCCCAGCACCGACAUCACGCCAAGACAUGAGCUUCUCCCGCUGAGCCUUAUUGAUGCUGAACUGAGUGGUCCAGUGCUGUCCUCCAGUGUGUCCCCUCCCCUCAGUUUUCUGUCCCUCCGUCUGUUACCUGGUUUGUGAGCAGUCAUGACGAAGUCCUAUGAGUUCAACUGGCAGAAGCACCUGCCUGAGUUCAUGCAGGAAGGCGCCUCCUUCGACAGGUUUGAUGAGGACCCGUACAUCUUUGAGCCCAACAGUAAGAUGAUGGUGGACGAGUAUGGCUUUUUCAUCACUUGGAAGAGUGAGGGAAAGGAAGGCCAAGUUCUCGAAUGUUCCCUCAUCAACAGCAUUCGAGUUGGAGCUGUCCCAAAGGACCCCAAGAUCUUGUCAGCGUUCGAGGCUAUGGGGAAGACAGAGGCCGACUUGGAGGGCUGCAUCAUCUGCAUCUGCAGCGGCACAGACCUGGUCAACCUUAGCUUCAUGUUCAUGGUGGCGGAGAACCCCGACACAGCCAGGAAAUGGAUCGAGGGUUUGAGGUCAGUGAUCCACAACUUUAAGGCCAACAACGUCUGUCCAAUGACCUGCCUCAAGAAACAUUGGAUGAGAAUGUGUUUCCUGACCAAUGUCAAUGGAAAGAUACCUGUGAGAGGCAUCACUCGAACAUUUGCAUCAGGGAAGACAGAGAAGGGGAUCUUUCAGGCUCUAAAGGAUCUUGGCCUUCCAAGUGGAAAGAAUGAAGAGAUUGAACAAGCGGAUUUUACCUUUGACAUUUUCUACGCGCUCACACAAAAGAUCUGCCCUCGGACGGACAUCGAGGAACUCUUCAAGAAGAUCAAUGGGAACAAAACUGAUUAUUUAACUGUAGACCAGUUAGUCAGCUUUCUGAAUGAAAACCAGCGUGACCCCCGGUUAAAUGAGAUCCUGUUCCCGUUCUACGACCCCAAGCGAGCAACACAGAUCAUCGAUAAAUACGAGCGAGACGAUGGACUCAAGAAGAAAGGUCUCAUGUCCAGUGACGGCUUCUGUAGAUACCUGAUGUCCGAUGAAAAUGCUCCAGUUUUCUUGGAUCGGCUGGAGUUGUACCAGGAAAUGGACCAGCCGCUGGCCCACUACUUCAUCAGCUCCUCCCACAACACAUACCUGACAGGGCGACAGUUUGGAGGGAAGUCUUCAGUAGAGAUGUACCGCCAGGCCCUGCUGUCUGGGAGCAGAUGUGUGGAGUUGGACUGCUGGGAUGGAAAAGGAGAGGACCAGGAACCCAUCAUCACUCAUGGGAAGGCUAUGUGCACAGACAUCCUGUUUAAGGAUGUUAUCCAAGCAAUCAAAGAGACAGCGUUUGUUACUUCAGACUACCCAGUUAUUUUGUCCUUUGAAAACCAUUGCAGUAAACCACAGCAGUACAAGAUGGCCAAGUACUGUGAGGAGAUCUUUGGUGAUCUCCUCCUCAAACAGCCUGUGGAAGGCUUCCCGAUUGAAUCUGGGCGCCCCUUACCCUCUCCGACUGACCUCAAGCGUAAAAUCCUCAUCAAAAACAAACGAUUGAAACCUGAAGUUGAACAGAAACAGCUUGAGGCAUUUAAGAAGCACAUGGAGGCAGGAGAGACCAACACCACAGCCAUCAUCAUGGGGGAGGAGAAUGAAGAGGACACAGAGAACGGAGAAAAGGAGACUGAGGAUAAGGAUCUGAAUUCAGAGGCGCCCAGCAUUCAGUCUGAGGUGACCAGUGAGAAAGAGGCCAACAGUGUUUCCCAGAGUAACGCUGUCAGCUCUGGGAAAGAGGAAGAACGCAACAACAGUAUCAAGAAGGUGCCUGAUGAUGAUGCCACAGAGAUGUCAGAAGCCACAGAAGUGACAGAUCCCACAGAUAUCUCCGAAGCAUCUGACAAAGAAAAUAAUAAAAAGGGUGGGGAAGGUGGAGAAGAGGAGAACUCUGAAGAAGCUCUGAUAGCUCAGUACACAUAUGUAGGAGCUACUACAAACAUCCACCCAUAUCUCUCAGCUAUGGUCAACUACGCUCAGCCCGUCAAGUUCCAGAGUUUUGAUGUAGCAGAGGAUAAGAACAUCCACCACAACAUGUCAUCUUUUAACGAGUCUGUCGGUCUCGGCUACCUGAAGACCAAUGCCAUAGAGUUUGUCAACUACAACAAGCGUCAGAUGAGCCGGAUCUACCCCAAAGGGGGCCGAGUGGACUCCAGUAAUUACAUGCCUCAGAUCUUCUGGAACGCAGGCUGCCAGAUGGUCUCACUCAACUUUCAGACCCCAGAUCUGUCCAUGCAGCUGAAUCAGGGAAAGUUUGAGUACAACGGCGCCUGCGGAUACCUGCUGAAGCCUGAUUUCAUGCGGCGGUCAGACAGGAUGUUUGACCCUUUCUCAGAAACGCCUGUGGAUGGUGUCAUUGCUGCAACCUGCAGCGUACAGGUGUUUUCUGGACAGUUCUUGUCAGAUAAGAAAAUUGGCACAUACGUUGAGGUCGACAUGUAUGGGCUACCAACAGACACCAUCAGGAAGGAGUUUCGCACACGCAUGGUGAUGAACAACGGCCUGAACCCAGCAUACAACGAGGAGCCCUUCGUCUUUAGAAAGGUGAUCUUACCGGACCUGGCAGUACUGCGCAUCGGCGUUUACGAUGACAACAACAAGCUGAUUGGCCAACGCCUCCUGCCUCUGGACGGCCUGCAAGCUGGUUACCGUCACAUCUCGCUGAGGAACGAGGGCAACAAGCCUCUGUCGUUGCCCACCAUCUUCUGCCAAAUCAUCCUCAAGACCUACGUGCCCGACGGCUUUGGAGCAAUCGUGGAUGCCCUAUCAGACCCAAAGAAGUUCUUGACCAUCGCAGAAAAGAGAGCGGACCAGAUGAAGGCGCUCGGGAUCGACACGAACGACAUUGCAGAUGUUCCCAGUGGAAGCUCAAAGAAUGACAAGAAGGGAAAAGGGAAAGGAGACACAGUGAAGGCCAAUGUGACACCACAGGCCAGCUCAGACACGGCUCAGACCUCCAACGCCGCCCAAAAUAACACAGCAGAAACCAAGAAGGAAAAUGCACUUGUGCCUAAUGUCAGCAUUGAUGACUUAAAACUAAUGAAGACGUACCUUAAACUGAUUAAAAAGCAACAGAAGGAGCUCAACACUUUAAAGAAGAAACACUCAAAGGAUCAAAACACAAUGCAGAAGUCUCACUGCACCCAGGUGGAUAAAAUGGUGUCUGCGCAUGAUAAAGAGAAGUCAACUCUGGAGAAACUACUAGAGAAAGCCAUCAAGAAACGAGGGGAAAACAACUGCCAAGAGCUGAAGAAGGAGACAGAGGAUAAGAUUCAAACUUUGCUCGCUGAUCACAAGGUCAAGGUAAAGGACAUCACAGCUCAGCACACUAAAGAGUGGUCAGAGCUGAUCAGUAGUCACAGCAGCGAGGAGCAGGAGAUGAAGGACAGCCACGUCACACAGCAGUGUGAACACCUCAAGAAACUUCUGGCAACUGUCCAGGAGCAGCAGACGAUGCAGCUAAAACUCAUCCAUGAACGGCAGAGCAAAGAGAUGAGAGCUAACCAGGCCAAGAUGUCCAUGGAAAACAGUAAAGCCAUCAGCCAGGACAAAAGCAUAAAAAAUAAGGCAGAGAGAGAGAGGAGAGUGCGAGAGUUAAACAGUAGCAACACCAAAAAGUUCCUGGAUGAGAGGAAGAGGUUGGCCAUGAAGCACCAGAAGGAGAUGGAGCAGCUAGAGAAGAACCAGAAAGAGCAGGUGGAUAAACUGGAGAAGUUCAAUGAGCAGCUUUUGAAAUCACACCAUGCAAACAAACAGGUUCAAGGCCAAGGACAUGCAGCAGAUGGCGAAGUUGGAGGAGGAGAUGGACCGCAGACCUGCCACGGUGGUGUGAGCCCCUGAGAUCGAGACACAAGCACACACACACUGACACACAAACACACAUCACCACACUCAUACACACACACACACAUGCAGGUGCAGAAACACUCCAGUGCAGAGCCCUCCACAGCCCAGAGAUGUUACCACAGCCCACAUCGUUGUCUCUGUGCUUUCUUUUUUAUAUUCCACCACAAACACAGUAGCCCACAGCACCACUCAGUUUCUACACCCUGACCCCGCCCACUGCCUUUAAACCACUGAGCCACUGGCACUCAUCACUGUCUGACAGGGGUUAACCACUUAUUGAGAGAAGAAAAGAUACCUCUGAGACAAAGCAUUGCAGAGUGACACCCAUCCCCUCCUCCACUGUACCUACAUCUGAAUUUUCUAUCACCCUCCAUGUUCUCUGCUUCAUACAUGCAACACAAGCUGCAGCUUUUGAUGUAGACACACACACACACACACACACACAUACACACAACGCACGCACAAACACAUUCACUUACAAGAAGUGGAUAGCUGUUCACCUUUUCACAAGUUUCUUUUGUUUUCUUUUAAAUCGGUAUCUGAAAAACCUCUUCAGAAGCAGGGAGAGAGGGGAGGAGUCUGUUUAAGAUUUAAUGUUGUUUCAGCACAAACAAGUAACUUUGUGAAAUACACUGUAUGCUACACACCAGUCCUGUCCUGAGCACUUUGUAUGUGAUAGGCCAUCAUAACAAUGUGGAAAAUGUAGCAGUGCACUACUGUAGGAUUUCUGUAUUUCAGUAAGAAUGUAUCUUAAAAAUAAUCACUGUACGAAGGAGAGGCAAAAUAAAAAAAACAAACGUUGACUUCUCCUACAACGAAAGCUGUUUAACUUAACACAGAUGUAUCACUUUUAUAUUGUUUGACAAUGCCCCCUAUAAAAUGAUAAUUUAUCCUGCUGAGUCAGAAGACUAUGAAGGGAUGGUGAUGACUAGAUGCUCACUUUGAAUAUGGUGGCUAAUUUAUCAUCUAAACAUUGUUUUAAUUACUGGGAAGCACCCAAAAGAUUAUGUAACAACUCACUUUUACUUGAAAGUGAAAUGAUGACGUUAUAUUUUUAAGUUCCAGUGAAGCAUACAUAUUUUCCUUUUCACAAGUCCUUGUGCUAAAUCAUCACAAACUAAGAACUGCAAAAGUCAAAGCUUUACACUCCUGGUUUGGGGCUAGAAACCAUGUAUACUAUGCAAAGACAAACACAUGGAUCCUUCAAAGUUUAAGGUUUGCGAAAUACUGAAAAUUAAAGUGAAAACCAACUCUAACCAAAGGGAAGUCUAGAUACAAAUAUGACAGUGAAACUAAUCAAAGUGAUCCUUUUAUUUUGUUAUAAAUUAUUUUAACCUUUCAGAACAGGUAAUUGCGUGAGUAGUUACAGUAUCUUAUUAUUAAUAUGAUGAUUUAAAAGGGGCAUGUGUCACUAAGUUAAAAAUGAAGCAGGAUUAAAAUGGGUCUGUUCAUUCAGGUGAUUUGCACUUGAUCCUCUUGUGAAUUUGGUCCCUGACCUGUAAUACACUGGUAUCAACAUAAUCCACUCUUGGCAGCACAUUCAUUCUGCUGAAUUAGUUGUCGUAACUGAGCAGCUCGUCAUUAUUAAACAAGAACUUGGCAGACAGACGUCAGAGCCAACUCUCUGCUCAUGAAAAUCAAUAUUGAAGUAAAGUGCUCCCUUAACUGCACCCUAGCAACCUGUGCUUGUAAUCCUCAUCGUGUCUCUACUGGCCUUUGUUCUGGGGAGAUCAAACUGAAUAUCUGCAUCAGAUUUGUUACAAAACCAGUGAUAUGGCUGUCACACGGAAAGACUGUGGACUCUGUGUCCCUUCCUUUAAAUUAAAGCUGUACCCCGACUCCUGUUUUUCUCUGUCCAAUCAGAUUUAGCUGUUAAUGGCAAACCUUCUUUUAGUCCAGUUAGCCUCAUGUUUUAUCUAACAUGUCUACAGUCAACCAGACAUUAAACAUUUCUGACUACUUGUUUUAAGUAGUUUGUCUUUUUUUUUUAAACUACAUUAUUCAAUCAGAUAAAAACAUUUCAGUAUGUUAGUGAGCUACAGUAAAAAAGGUCACCUUGAGUUCAAGCUAGUCCCUUAAAGAAGCAACAUAGGGAUAAAAAAUGUAUUCUGCUUAAUCUAGUGCUUUCUUUGAAAGUCUAAAAGCUUUUGCCGCCCCCUGUGGACAAAGCGAUACCUCUGUGCUGAUAUUCUCCUGAACAAGGCAUGUUUUUAGACAAAUUCUCAACCUGCUUUUAUUUAACAGUCAAAGGUAUCGCUUUUCCUUCACUGUGACACAUUAAAAAUUACAUGAUUGACAUUGUCAAUGCUUUUGCAGGGGCAUCAUUGUUAACUUCGGUCUAUUUUAUACCUACUAUAAAACUCCUUGUUGGAGCUUUAACCUCUAGGUAUCACUGGAUUGCCAGUAAAAUCCUCAUAGUGAACACUGAAGAUUUGUUUGUCAUGUGGUGUAAUGAUUUUCCUUUCUCGCUGGAUCACUCAGUACUAUGACCCAGCUGAAAAUACAAAAAUGCAGGGAUUUGACUAAAAAAAUGUGAGCCAAUUAUUUAAACUCAGAGUCUUCUCGACUGAGGAUUCAAAUCACGGGUUUUUAGGGGGCAGCCGUCUCUAAAUGUAACUGUUCAUGGGACUACAGAGAAUGUAAAGGUGCGCAUAUUUUAAACAGACCUGCUGACUCUACUCGACAAACGGCUACUACAGAAAAGAAAUGUUUAGUCAAGUACUGUGAUGAAAUAAUGUGUGGGUAGUGUAGUAUUGGUGCACAUAUGAUCAUGCUGGGCAUCCACAUUGCACAGUGUAACACUAAAAGAUCUACCACAAUGACUUAAGUCGUUAUAAUGAUGGUAUGACACCACACAAAAUCAUGGAGAUGAAGCACCUCUAGGUUCUUUGGCCUUUUUAACCUUUUUCUGUUUUAUUCUGCUGUAACUCACGUAAAGGGUAGACGGGAUGUUAUUGUAAAUACUGGAAUGUAUGUAGUUUAAUUUUACUUUUUUGACCAAUUGUGUUCCGUCAUACAAGGGCUCAGGGGAUGGAGCAGGUCUGUUGGGUGAUGGGGAAAGACAUUUAUCAUUCACUGGGUUUCCUGGUUUGUUCAUUUUGUUUGUUUGUUUGUUUUUUUUCCGGUCUGCCCUUACUGCACCACACAACACAGUAUGAAGCUCUCACAACAUAUCUAGUGCAGAGAUAAACGAGUAAAAGUGCUUUUAAAUUUUAUUCCAUCGCUUUCAAAUGUGCCACUCAGUGUCUGUUAGGAAGUUACAAUUAUUUUAUGAAUGAUAAAAUGCCAAAUUAAGGGGUUAUUUAUAUGAAGAUAUAUAUAAAUAAAUGAAUAUAUAUAUUAUAUAUAUUAGAUAUAAUGUGUAGUUUAAGAUUAUUUUGUUUGUUAGAGGCUUUUUUGCACUAGUUGAAUGUUUCUGUUGUGUGAUACAUGUAACCUUUGGCUCUCUAGUUUGUCUAAAAGCAGAUUAUUUUUGCAGAGCAGCGUCACUGAUUUGAUUUCCUGGUUUCUACUGUAUCUCCUCUUUGUUUUCUAUUCGGACUGUAGCUUGUCAUAAACCAUUCUGUGUGUGUUUUUGUAUUUAUAUUGUAUUGUUGAACUUCAAGCAAUGAAAAUACUGUUGUUAUCCAGCUCCUUUAAUACUGUUUUAUAGUAUGUGUAUCAAUAAAACAAGGUGUAAAAUGGGACAUAA